UCAGGACUAGCUCAGCACCGGCAAAAAUUGCAUAAUUCUUUUCCGUCGUGAUCGAGUUAGGCUGAUGGCGAAAAGUCCAAGGGUCGUUUAGCCUCUUUCUUGAUCGAAUCGACAGGUCAAGCUAAUUGAUCAUAGAGCAAUGGCGACGCGUACAGGACGUCUCAUCGUUGAUCCACGCUCGGGUAAAAUGGUAGAGGAGUACAAAGAAGACCAAAUGGCCGUGGCUCUCUUCGACCCAAACAUCACCAAGCCUGAGGACUACAAAUUCCGCUUCGUUCCACGAUCAGAAUUCACUGUGCCCAAGAUCAAUGCGCUUUUUGAAUGCAACGCUGCUCUACUUAAGGACCCGUUUAACAAUGUGAUUUGGCCCAAGGACUGGAUGACGCAGGUACUCCCACCCAACGGGACCGACCGAUGGUACUACAUCAUCCACGAACGCAUAGAGCCAAUACCGCAGGAUGAUCUCCAAGACCCACUGUACACUGGUGGAGCAUUACUGGUACUUGCUUUCGUGCCAGUUCAAUGCGAACCGGUUGACAUCAGAGUAUGGCUACUCUUUGGCAUCACUCAAGAAUUCAAACCGUUGCUUCGACUAAAACCUUUAGUGGCAACAUCACGUCAGAAGUUGAAAGUCUUGAAGGAGAAGAUCAACGCUCUACCAGUCUUGGACCUUGCUGGGACUCAGCAAGAACAGACUGAAACUCGUAAAAAUUUGGCUGACGCUAUGAACGCCCAAGUGAAGGAACUAACAGAUGAAAUCAAUGAGUUAGAGCGUCGACGGAAACGCAUGACGAAGUUGAUUAUGACGGAGCCCAUAACACUCACUGAAGUUCCACGGGAUGCUGAGCUGCCAUCGACUAGUAUCAAGGAUGAAGUAGAGACGAAGACUUGGGCAGCAACGUUUACGAGUCCACGUGGACGUGACCUUGCGUCUCUAGCUCUGGGUAAAAAUGACUGGAACUACGUUUGCCUUGUACAGACGCGACCUCAACCGCGGGCAUUCUUCGAAGAUGACCAAGUUUCUAACCAAAUGAUCGAUCCUGACGAUCUUUUAAAGGAGAUCAACAUGCGAACGGUAAGACUUCGUCGACUCCGACACGGAGAGGGUGAAUUGAUGGCGCCUACACUCACAGCGUUAGCUGCUGAUGAAGAGGAAGUGCCUUUAGAUCCUAUCGACGGGAGCUUUCACUUUUCAUCCAUCGGCGGUGUGUACUCUGGAGCAUUUCGUCUUGGUCGGAAACAAGGCCAAGGUCAAGAGUACACGAAUGUUGGCGUUUAUACUGGUAACUUUAGUGGUAACACUCGCUGUGGAAAUGGAAAGCUUGUAUACGGCAAGGGAACAACUUGUGAAGGCACGUUCGAUCGUCCGCAACGUCGCUACGAAUACAACGACAAGUUACGAGGUCGUGCGUACGGAUGUUCACUACUGAAUGGGGAUGAUUAUCGUGACGGUACGGAGAGCGGCGAGAUGCACGUAAUAUUUCCUGACGGCGCUACCUACGACGGCGAAAUGAGAGACGGGGUCAUUUCCGGACUAGGACGAUACGUCAGCUCAACGGGUGUGAUCGAUGAAGGCGUAUUUGUAAACGGAGUUCUACAUGGCCCAGUUUGCAAGCGAAUUUUUCCAGAUGGGUCAUUCGUUGAAGGACCAUUUGCCGAAGGCCAGCCGCAUGGACGUGGUAGGCAACGCGAACGUCAUGGUGAUGAAUAUGAAGGAUUCUUUGAUGGUGGCGCUCGCCACGGACGUGGCACGGCUCGGUUUGAAGGUGGACGAUCUAAGCAUGUGGGAUUUUGGCACGAAGACGCCAUGGAUGGCCGAGGAGACUUUUACUAUCGUCUUCAUGACAACAGGGCUGAUGACGAAUCGACUGACGAUACUGGAGAGUAUAAGGAAAAGUGGGAAUUCUGGUACGAAGGAGCGUUCAUGCAGAAUGAAACACGCUCGAGACAUCGCCAUGAAGACCUCCGAGAUCUCUCAAAUCUGCAACAUCAAGACGAAACUGUAGACCGACAUCUGCCGUUUACAACCAAUGGUAAGAGCCGAGAGAAGAUGCCGUUCCUCGUGACAGUGUUACCCACGCAACUGGAUAAACUCCGACGUCGCAAGCAGGUUAACGGGAAACGACGAACAGAACGAGAGCGCUCUUAUCUACAACAGCGUGAGCUGGAAAACUUGACACUUUACUAUACGCUGUUGGAUGAUUUCUACGAACAAUGGACGAAUCGAAAGCGAGAAGAACAUGAACACACGCUUCUCGAUGGUGAUGAACUGCGUCGUGUUCAAGAAGAGCGUGAGGCUCUGCGAGUGUUCGAAGAGCAACGUGCACGAUUCCGGAAGGAGAAAUAUGGCUUGUCACCGAAGAAAAAAUCACUUGCUAAAUUCGAGGAGUAUCUUGAGCGCGUGACAUUGAGUGAGCGUGUGAAGCUGGAGCGAGCCGAAGCUACUGAUUCAACGUAAACGUAUUUGGAGAAAAAGGCCCAAAAGGUGAAAACCUGACAAAUAACUAUUUGCCGGUCCUUACCCAUUGAAAAUGUAACUAGUGCUUCAGAAGGGGUUUUAUUUACAAGUCAAUAGAACACUAGAUGCGA